AUGAAUGCCAUCCGAUUGUGUUUCACCGCCACCGUGGCGUUUCUCGUUGUCGCGAUCGGCGGCAGAGUCGCGUCCUCCAUGAAUAAUACCGUGAGGGUCAGGAAGUGCUGCCCGGUGGAUCAUAUGUACGAUCCGGACGUUCACUUCUGCAGACCGGCCGAGGAAGUUAGCGAGCAGUGGUUGAUGAAUCGACUGCGAAGCAGAUUCCGGGUGGCAGCCGAUGAGACGUUGGAGAUAUCCUAUGAUGGAGAAUCAUUUUGCCACAAAAAGGAAGUGCUAGUCGACGUGCCCACCGAGGAGGUGCGUGGGCUGAUGGAGGCACACCCGUCAACCAUCGAGUUGCCGUCGGUGUUUUACUGCAUCGAUCUGUCGCUGAUGUCAAAGCUGGUGGCCAGGACGUGCCGGCCACGCGACCAGUACUGCGGCCGGGGCAAUUACACAUGCGUCAGAAAAUGCUGCGAUAACAGAGAUAUAAUCGUCGACGUCCCCAACUCGUAA